AUGGCGAACACCGCAGAUGAAGUCCAACUACGCAGACUGUUGAGACGAUAUAGGGUGUUCUACGAUCUUGAUGAUCGUCAAGCCCCGGUCCACGAUGCUUACUUUGAGGAUAUUCAGAAGCUAGGCGAACACAACAUUGAUGAAUACCGUUCAAAUAUCACUAUUGAGUCCAGACAAAGACCCUGGAGGCAAGACAUCCUCAGCCGAGCAAAGGCCAUCAGCGCGAAGGCUCGUCGAUGCCUCGAGGCGAAUAAGAACGAAGCAAGUUGGCGUUUGAGUAUCGAGUCGGAGAUCCUCGCUCGCUUCAGCGUUGAGGUUGUCUGCUCUGAUGAAGGUUUAAAUCCGCUUUUUGACGACCGGGCAGACGAGGAGAUUGAGCAUCCGAGUGAGAUUGAAAAGAUUCUGAAGAUAGGGAAGAAACCCGAUCGUUUAAUAGGCCUCAGAGUCACGAGAAGAUUGGACAGGAUCCUGAAUCAGACUGAAGGUCCACAAGGUGACUUGAUCGGGGACUCGAUCAAGACAUCUCCGUUCAAGCAUGGUUGCCAGCCACUUCUAUUCCCCUUCAUACUUCUGGAAGCCAAAUCGGAGAAAAGUCCAGACGCGUUUUCGAAGAUUAAUCUACAGACUGGCUUCGCCAUUCGAGCUUUGCUUGAGCUACAACGCAAUCUUGCACACGCUACGGUUGAGAAUCGGCAGUCGGGAAUGAAGCCUCUCGUCUGGUUCUUAUCCUAUAGAGGAGAGAGCUGGCGUUUGUCGGGCGCUUAUGUGGAAGAAAGAGAGGCCGAACCAAACUAUCACAUAUUGCAACUUUGGGAAGGAAAUAUAAUCUACGAACAUCAGGCACUUCGCCUCCUUCUGAUUCUUGAUUAUAUAUUCGACUGGGCACGAGAUGUUUACCGUAAAGAGAUUAUUAGCAGCCUGUUGUCUUUGGCCGUGAACGCUUCACCCAGUCUCGCCGAAGACACUGAUGUCUUCAGCACCUUCGAUCAGUUAAAUGAUAUUGGCGAAAUGCCUGAACUAGAUACAGACGAUAUUACGGAGCAGAUUGAACCUUUUGGGGUCCCUCAGUUACUAAAGUUUUUCGACAAUCAAGAUAUUGCUUUCCGCGACGCCAGAUAUAUGCACCACAAAGUAUGUGCUCUUCAUGUCACAUUAGCAAACCUCGACAAGUUUCUCUACUCGGUCAGGACAAUGAAAGAGGCGAAAUUGCUCGCCAGGAAACUGUGGAGAUCAAUUCGCGGUCAAUGGACAUGGUCUGUCACUGCAGAAUGUCUCAAUAUUGUGGAAAAGCUGUGGACGGACAAAGAACGGGAGCUGCAUGCCUUUCAAAACCCUGAACAGCUCUUUCUUGUGUCGUUUGCAGUCGAGUCUUACCUGGCACAUGGUGAGCAACUGAGGCCCGGGCGUGGGGAACGAGCUGGCCAAUGGGAUCAGAUUCAUCGGCUCUCAUACAUUGCCAUAGCCCACGAUGCAUUGCCAGCCUUAAGAGAGCGGACAAAACUCAGCCCUCGUUCUUUACAGGUGCGCAUCGAAGAUUGCCCCAAGGUGCCUACCGAGUGGGUUGUCGAUCUGUUCGAGCGUAUGCGGUUUGCGCCUGUAAGACAGAGUCUUGCGGCAGCCAUUAUCCGAUCUAGGCUCGGCUCCGAAUCUUACAAGAGCUCACCAGACAAGCAAGACGGCUUCGCAACAUGCCCAGAUGCACGUGGACGUGUCAAGUAUUUUGCUCCAGCCCUCACUAAAUCCGAAGGUUCGUCGGUUCUAAGUUCAGCGGAACUUCCUUGGGUGAUAUACAACCGUCUGAAAAUUGGAAUGACCGAGCCUUCGGAAAGCUUUCUCCGAGUUUCGCAACAUUUCGGUAAGCACGACACCGACAGGACUUGCUCCAGGAGGGCGAACUGGGCGAGAAGAACACAAAGUAUUCUUCGGAAUUAUGCUGCUGUGCUUGUGGCAGGAGUGGACGGCGAUGAUGAAAGAGUUUACUCGGUCCGCCAUUGCGUUUUCGUCCUCGAUUUGCCACCUAUCAACGAAAACGAGAGAGGAGAUACAUCCAGCACAGCAGCAGUGCUUCCGCAAGUUCUGCGUACGUUCCUCCGAAUCCGUUGGAACAGCGUCCCCAAGUAUAAUUUCAGGGAUGUUAAGUGGGACAGGACGGAGGAUUUGCAUAUUAGUCUCCAGAUUCUGGAACAUGUCUCGACGCAGUAUCAGCUGGUUCAUUCGCUUAAUCCCCAUGGGUCUCCUGGUGGUAUUCCUGGCUGGAUCAAAGAAAAACAAGCAAUCCUCAGCUCAUCGGAGAAGGCAAAGUGGCCAUACGCCUUUUUGGAGACAAUAGAUGGCAUCAAGCAAGUCGGGGAGUCAUAUAGUUUUGGUCAGAUCCUGCAAUAUCUUAUUGCAGCGUUUCAAAAAGUGAUCAGAAGCGAAGAGGCACAGUCGAGGCUCCUGGAGGAACUGAAUCGUCUCAAGCACGCGACAGAAGUUCUGAAAAUGUCAGCUGCAGGCAAUUCGAAUGAACCUCCGGGAAAAGUCGAUGAGGCAGACAGCAACAACGAUUUCGCAACCGGCUCUGCCACUUCGAAGUCAUCAUCGACAGGUCAAUCUCCCAUUUGUUCACACGAAGUGAUAGUCGUCGACGAUACAGAAGAUGACAUAGAGGGACAAACUAUCUGUUCGCCAGAGAGCAACAUCGAAGAGGCCAAUGAACCAGUGACCAAGAAGCGACGACUAUAUGAUAGUGAUACGGAGAUGUAA